AUGGCAGUUUGUUGCUUCACGACGAUGAAGCAUUGCUUGGCGACGCCAGCCAAGCUCUUUCUUUGCUCGCGGUGUGGACAUCAGACUCGGAUGUGCACCUCAUGCUUGAACAGCAGAUGGUGCCCCAAAUGCCAUCGGACUUCUAUUCCGUUGGGCGACAUCGUUUCAGAGGACGAAGAUGAGGAGGAUGCACUCCAACAGUCUCUUUCUCAUGAUGAGACGUACGAGACCACAAGUGCGUCCGGAAGCGAUUCUUCGUGUUCUGCCAUGACCGGGGCAACAUUAGAGAAGAAUUGCGUUUUGGCGCAGACGCCAAAAAAGCGCCUCAGCACUGGCAGUCAGCAAGUGGAAUUGGCCGUGAUCGAGAAAGCUGGGAUCUUGGAUUCCACUGGUUGCUGGGAGUACAUUGUGGCAUUUCACUUCAGGCCAUUCCUGCUUCGCAGUGAUGAGCGGAGUCAGGAGUUGGACAUCGUUGGUAUGUCGACCAAGGAAAUGCUUGGGCCUAUAGGUCCGGCCAACUUCAUUUGCCAAGUUUUCAUGACCCAAGAUGCGAAUAUUUGGAGGAUCGACGAGGAAGGCGUGGUUCGUUUUCACUCCAUGCGACAGAUUGUUGCGGGCCUCAUGGAGCAAAGUCGCGUUGAAGAGUCCUGUGAAAAGCCAAAGACCACGAAGUCAGUGGCCCCGACCUUGCCUACUGCACUUCAAAACGCGGGGAUUCACCAUGCCAGAAAACUCGACGCAGGUUUGAAGACCAGUGAUACGGGUGGCAACCGGUGCGUUGCGAAAGUUGUCUCCCUCGGCGUCCUUCAGCCCACAUUGCUGAAUCUGCGAGCAAGUGAACCUGCGAAUCGUCGUUUAAUGAAAGUCGUUGUGACGCCCGGAGUUGGGAGCCUUUCAUCGGCAGUUGCCGGUCAGACAGUGAUCGGCUACACAGCCGUAAGGGUGCGCCAGAUGCUCACGGGUUCAGAGGUUUGCAAGCGGCACAGGUUCGGAGCUCUUGAUUUUGAUGAGUCCGUGUUGCUCUCCGUCGAAGAUGUGGUGGAAGCACGGAUCCAGGAUCACUUUACAAAAAAGUUGAAGCACAACGAGGUUCAUUGUACCAAACAACCUGCAGCUGUCCAGAGCUGCUUUGCUGACAUCAUCGGCUACAAGGCUUCAGCGCCGUUUGCACGGCCAAUCAUGAAGGACAAGUUGGAAGGAAUGCAAGUCCUUGGGGAUGUCCAUUCGUCCUACUGCCAAGACCAGAGACGCUGCGAAGGCAGCAGUGAGGUGUAUCUGGAACAGCUUUCGGUGGGGGGACAGAUCACGGCCAUGACACCGUUGGACAAGGCACAUAUUGUUUGCGCUUCGACUCACGGACACAUGUGGGUGUACAACUGGCGGGAAAACCAAGUUAUCAGCCAACUUCGAAGUAGUUCGAUGGUUCUGAGUGACGAAGACGGCAACCCAGAGGUUUGCAAAGUCAGACGCAUGCAGUCCUUGACACAGGACGGACGAGUGCUGGGCAGCACGGAUGAGCGAGGUAUGGUUUGCCUUUGGGAUCUGUUCGAUCUGUCCAUGAUUUCAGAGUCGCGAUUUCACGAGAAGGCUUGCACCAGCAUCAAGCCUGACUACUGGAGGCAAAGCUUCGCCACCACUGGAGAGGACUCUGCGGUGAUUCUUUAUGACCUGGCACAAGAACAGGUCCGCGAACGUUACCUACCUCCACCGCGGAGCGACGGCAAUGGCGUCCCCAAUACCUGCCUGGGCUUGGGAGGUGACAGGUUUCCAAAUCUUAUGGUGACUGGUGGCGCAGAUGGAAAGUUGCGGAUUUGGGACCAGUCAGCGUCUCUGAAGCGGAUGCACACCAUUGCCCUGGCAUCGGUCUUGCCGACGCAGUGCUUUGCAAUUGAUUGGCAGUUGAUCAUCUCUGCCUCGCUUGGCGACUCAUCUUACACUGGACAGAAAGCUGAUCGUGGAGGCGUCUACGUCUAUGAUUUGAGGAUGUUGGCGGAGGGAUACAAUAACAGGAGCGGUGCCCUGGUGGUGAAGUACCCCAGCGGUGUCACAGAUGGCUCUGACUUGAAGGAAAAGGAGUCGUCCAUGCGUUCCUCCAUGAAAUCCUCCAGAUCACGAGGUUCUGCGCGCUCGGCGAAGAGUAGCUGUAGCUCGGCCGCUCGAAUGGCCAUGGAAACAGGAAUUGGAGGGAUGGACCUUGCAAUUGUGGAAGAAGGUAACUCCAAGCUGGCAGUGUCGCUGAUGGACAACGUAGUGAAGGCCUUUGAUCUGGGCACAGGUGAAGAAAUUACCAUGGCCAAGGAUCUUGAAGUAAAGCGUAAGACACAAAUGAGACCACCUCUCUGGGAAUUUGACGCAAGCGAGGCAGUGGAGAACGACUAUGCGACUGCGUGUGCAUUGACUGCGAUCGAUCGCUACGUAUUUGUCGCCAGCACAGCCCCAUCGCUGCAGAUUUGGCGAAGACCUCUGCUGGGCUACACGAGACACAGUGACUUUGUUCCAGCGCCACUGCCAUCUCUGGAGCUCCGCCAACGGUGUUUGCCUUUGGCCUUAAACGCCCAUGAUGUGCCCGACGAGGCAUUGCUGGCUGAUCCCACGUUGCGACCUGGAUAUGCCUUGGCCAGCGUCCAAGAAAGAUUGGAAGCAGAUAGGAAACGCUGCGGCAUGACCUUGGGCAACUUGCAUAGAAGGCAGCAGAUGUUGGAGGGCUUGAAAGCAUGAGGGCCGGGCAUGAUCACGAGCUGCAAAGCUGCCGUGGCCGUCCGAGAGGAAGCCAAUGGAUGCUCCAAAA